GGGCGGGGCUAGCUCAGUCCAGGCAGCAUGGCGGCGCGCACGGUGUAUUUCUGUGGCAGUAUUCGGGGCGGCCGGGAGGAUCGCGCUCUCUAUGAGCGGAUAAUACGGGAACUCGGGAGAUUCGGAACCGUGCUAACCGAACACAUCGCCAGCCCGGCUCUCACUGCCCGCGGUACCAGGGGGCGGGGUGAAGACCUUGGGGACAGAUUUAUACAUGACCGAGAUAUUGAGUGGCUGAAGGAGGCACAUGUGGUGGUCGCAGAGGUUUCCCAACCCUCACUUGGCGUAGGAUACGAGUUAGGCCGGGCUGUGGACAUGAACAAGAAGAUCCUAUGCCUUUUCAGGCCGUCCUGCGGGAGGGUUCUCUCUGCGAUGAUCCGGGGAGCAGAUAAUGGCCGCUCCGUGCAAGUGAAGGAUUAUGAUCCAGCAGACAUUGAGCAGAUUAUAUCAGAGUAUUUCACGGUCACAUUUCCUUCCUUGUGACUUGGAGCAAGAAGCACAUUAAGGGGACACAUGUUAAUAAAAAAGUGUUCUACUCUUCUAA